AUGGCGGCGGCGAAGAUAGCGCCGUCGAUGCUCUCGUCGGACUUUGCCAACCUCGCCUCGGAGGCUGAGCGCAUGGUCCGCCUAGGCGCCGACUGGCUACAUAUGGACAUCAUGGAUGGGCACUUCGUUCCUAAUCUGACUAUUGGGGCUCCAGUGAUCCAGAGCUUGAGGAAACAUACCAAAGCAUAUUUGGACUGCCAUCUUAUGGUCACAAACCCUUCAGAUUACGUAGAACCAUUUGGAAAGGCUGGCGCUUCUGGAUUCACAUUCCAUAUAGAAGUUGCUAGAGACAACUGGCAAGAUCUCAUCCAAAACAUCAAAUCAAAGGGUAUGCGGCCUGGUGUAUCAUUGAGGCCAGGUACUCCAGUGGAGGAAGUUUUUCCCCUGGUGGAAGCAGAAAAUCCGGUAGAAUUGGUUCUUGUGAUGACAGUCGAGCCUGGUUUUGGUGGUCAGAAAUUUAUGCCAGAAAUGAUGGAUAAGGUGCGCACACUGAGAAAGAAGUACCCUUCCCUUGACAUAGAGGUUGAUGGUGGUCUAGGCCCUUCAACCAUAGAUGUGGCCGCAGCUGCUGGGGCCAAUUGCAUCGUCGCUGGAAGCUCUAUAUUUGGCGCUGCGGACCCAGGAGCCGUCAUAUCUGUGCUGAGGAAGAGCAUUGAGGGCUCUCAGAACAAAAACUGA